UCACAUCUGCGGUGACUUUGGGGAUUUCUGGACAGCGUGGGGAGAAAAAGGAAGAUACGCUUGCAUUUUCUCGAUACUGUUAAAAUUUCCAGCGCACAAGAGGAAUUAUUAGGAUAUGUUUGGAUUGCCGGUGUGUUUUGGACCAAUAUGUUGUUCAUUUUGGCAACCUUUGCAAUUUCGGUAAUUAGGGGAACAUGAUUUAAAAUAGUUGCAGAAUAUUUAACGGAUUUAUUAAAAAUAAAUACUGUUGCCGGGUGCAGUGCUUUUUUCUGUUCCUCUUUUUUAAUUAAUUGGGAGCAUCCACUGGAGAGUGUUUGGCCACCCAGGGAGCAGCGAAGAUUCGUUUUGGGGGUAACGGAGGACGGUUUUAAAGAGGUGAUACCCUCCCCCUUCAUAAAUGUUUGCGUGCCGUUAGUGCUCUCGUUCUCGGUCGACCCCCUCUCUCUCCCUGAGUCUCACACGCAGACAGACGCAUCUCGUAUGCAUACAUAGACACGGGCAGCACCGGACGUUAUCUCACCCGCACACAAACACACAUGCACGCGUAAUUGUAGAGACAAACCUUUCCUCUCAACCAGCCAGCCCUCCGCCAUCCCUCUCACCCCCCCUCUAUCUGAUGACUCCCCGGUGUACAGGUGGACGUGGUACGGAGCCGACUGUAGCAUCAUCCUCAUCCUCAACGCCGCCACUGUUAUCAUCACCAUCCUCCUCCUCUUCCUCAGCACCAUCACCAUGUCCUCGUCGUCGCGCAAGAUCUCCUCCGAGUCGUUCAGCAGCUCGGUGGGCUCGGACUGUGGGCUCGAGAGCCCCGGGGGAGACGUAGGGGAGGGCGGGUUGGAGCCGGCGGAGGAGAGCCGAGGCUGCCCCUUUUCUUCCUUUCCCUCUUCCCACAGAGCGGUGCUCUGGAACGGCCGCAGCCCCGCCGAGAGGACGGUGUGCCCGGCGGGUGAGGAACAAGGACCCGUCGGACCCCACAAGAGGGUCACCAGGAGGAGACGGGUGAACCUCGACUCGCUGGGGGAGAGCCUGAGGCGACUGACCUCACCCACGACGCAGACUGUUCAGGAAGCUCUACAGCGGACUCUACAAUUCUACAGACAGCAGGAGAUCAGGUGUCAGGAAGUUGGAGGGGAGAGGCGAGAGGAGAAGUGCCCAUUUCUAGAAAAUUCUGGUUCAGAGGAAGAUGUGCUACAAAUCCUACAAUACAUGGCUACCAUACUGGGAGUACCAUUCUGUGAGCUGCGCGAGCAUUUUGGAGAGGAGUUCUUUGGUCUCUGCUUUGAAGAAAAUGAGCGUGUACUUCGGGCUGUGGGUGGCAACCUCCAGGAUUUCUUCAAUGGCUUUGACGCCAUUUUGGAACACAUUCGCACCUCCACAGGGCGCCGUGCCUCAUCUGAGAGCCCCUCCUUCCAGUGUAAGGAUCCCCGCGAGGAGGACAAAGGGAGAAGAAAAUUGGACAAAGUUGGAGAUCAGGCAGAAAGAAAUGGAGGAGGAAAAGUAUUGGUUCUUCAUUGCUUCAACCCUGCCCCUGUUGUUGGAUUGGUCAUGCCAGGCUUGAUCAGAGCUGUUGCCAGGCGCAUCUUUCAUUCACAAGUUGAGGUGGAAGAGGUGCCCCCCCUAACUCCCUUGUUGCCUAAUAAAGAUACAGAAAACACAGACUGUGACUCCACGACCCCGACUCCGACCGCGUCCCCCACUGCCUCGCCCUCCUCGUCCCCAUCCCCUCCCUCUCCUUUUCCGACUACUGCUCCAGCAGUUUGCCUCUCCUUCCAAAUCCAGGAGACAAGCCCUCCUUCUAUCUCUUCCCUCCCUAACGCUGCCUCGGCGAGCACUAAACGGCCCCCACUCUCGCUCUCCGCCAACCCCAGUGAUCUGUGCAUUGGCCUGGCCACGUUUUGCCGUGCCUUUCCAUUUCACCUUGUCCUGGGGCCUCACAUGGAGCUACUGCAGCUUGGAGAAGGACUGAGGAAACAGACUCGCAUUGAGACUUACCGGAGCCUCUCAUUCAGGGACUGUUUUGAGAUUGUCUCACCUAAGAUGGAUCCCUCCUUCCAGGGCAUCCUGCUGAGGCUUGCAUCCCCAUUUACUAUUCGUACCAGGCCCGACACCUCACAGGCUGGCACCAAGGAGAAGGUGAUGGAGUUGAAGGGUCAGAUGAUCCAUGUGCCUGAGUCAUGCUCCGUGAUGUUUCUGGGCUCUCCCCGUGUGGAUAAGUUGGAGGAGCUGAUGGGCAGAGGUCUCCACCUGUCAGACAUCCCCAUCCAUGACGCCACACGGGAUGUUAUCCUGGUUGGGGAGCAGGCCAAGGCCCAGGAUGGCCUGAAGAAGAGAAUGGACAAACUCAAGGCCACGUUAGAGCGGACUCAUCAGGCACUGGAAGAGGAAAAGAGGAGAACCGUGGACCUGCUUUAUUCAAUAUUUCCGGGCGAUGUGGCGCAGAAGCUGUGGCAGGGUCAGCCAGUGCCCGCUCGCAAGUUUGAUGAUGUCACAAUGCUCUUCUCAGACAUUGUGGGGUUUACUGCCGUGUGCGCCCAGUGUACACCCAUGCAGGUCAUCUCCAUGCUGAAUGAACUUUACACACGCUUCGACUACCAGUGUGGAAUUCUGGAUGUUUAUAAGAUUGAGACAAUAGGUGACGCCUACUGUGUGGCAGGAGGACUUCACAAGAAGGUUGAUAGUCAUGCAAAGCCAAUUGCACACAUGGCUCUGAAGAUGAUGGAACUGUCUGAGGAAGUGUUGACGCCUGAUGGUAAACCAAUCAAGCUAAGGAUAGGCAUUCACACAGGCUCGGUGCUGGCAGGCGUGGUCGGGGUUAAAAUGCCACGUUAUUGCUUGUUUGGGAACAAUGUGACGCUUGCCAGCAAGUUUGAAUCGGGAAGCCAUCCCAGGUGUAUCAAUGUUAGUCCCACAACGUAUCUACUGCUGAAAGACGACCGCUCUUUUUCAUUUGUCCCUCGUUCAAGGCUGGACCUCCCAGAGAAUUUUCCCAAAGAGAUCCCAGGGACUUGUUACUUCCUGGAGGCGGGGACAUCCCACAGCCACGCCUCGCUGACCAGCUCUCGCUCCGCUCCUCCUGCCUCUAUGAGGAAAGUCUCCUACAGUAUUGGGACCAUGUUUCUAAGAGAAACAAGUUUGUAGAGCCCAUACGCAGACCAGGUUACACAGUUAAUUAUUAUGUCAGUGACUGGAUUUGAACUUGUGCAGGAAACCAAUUACACAGAUCUUUGGAUAUGCAAAUGCAUUAUUUAAGAAAGACUUUGAUUCAGACCUGUGGGAUGGCCUGUAUGAAUGGAACUUAGAAAAGACUUUCAUCAUAAGUGAAAAAGAACAACAUGCCCUCGUCUCCCCUCAGCAAGGGAGAUACGGUUCAAAAGACUUAAGGAACAGCUACUG